GGCUGGGUCGCCCGGGACAGAGAGCGCGGAGCGGCUGAGGGCAACGGCUGAGCCGGGCCGCAUGGAGGACCCCGCGGCGCCCGGGGCCGGGAGCCCGCCCGCCGAUGGCAACGGCAACGGCAAAGGGAAGCAGGCGGCGCCUAAGGGCCGGGAAGCGUUCAGAAGUCAGCGGCGCGAGUCGGAGGGCUCUGUGGACUGUCCCACUCUGGAAUUUGAGUAUGGAGAUUCAGAUGGGCAUGCAGCAGAGUUAUCAGAAUUGUAUAGCUACACUGAAAACCUGGAAUUCACCACUAACAGGAGGUGCUUUGAAGAAGAUUUCAAGACCCAAGGCCAACACUGUGAUCCUCUCAGACCUCCGUUUCCUUACUUGGUCAGUGGCAAUUCAAUUUUCAGCUCAACGAGUGUGUGUGCAGGGCAAGGAAUGGCUGGAGUUGGAAGAAGAUGCCCAGAAGGCCUAUGUGAUGGGACUCCUGGACCGGCUGGAGGUGGUCAGUAGGGAGCGGCGACUGAAGGUGGCCCGGGCUGUUCUCUACCUGGCCCAAGGCACUUUUGGGGAAUGUGAUUCAGAGGUCGAUGUGCUACACUGGUCCAGGUACAACUGCUUCCUGCUGUAUCAGAUGGGGACCUUCUCGGCCUUCCUGGAGCUACUUCACAUGGAAAUCGACAACAGCCAGGCCUGUAGCAGUGCUCUUCGGAAACCAGCCAUCUCCAUUGCUGAUAGCACAGAGCUCCGGGUGCUGCUGAGUGUCAUGUAUCUCAUGGUGGAAAAUAUUCGCCUGGAGCGAGAGACAGACUCCUGCGGGUGGAGGACAGCCCGGGAUACCUUCCGCACUGAAUUGAGCUUUUCCAUGCAUAAUGAGGAGCCUUUUGCCCUUCUUCUUUUCUCCAUGGUUACCAAGUUCUGCAGUGGCCUGGCUCCCCACUUCCCCAUAAAAAAGGUUUUGCUUCUGCUCUGGAAGGUGGUCAUGUUUACACUCGGUGGAUUUGAGCAUCUUCAGGCUCUGAAAGUACAGAAGCGGGCAGAAUUGGGCCUACCUCCACUGGCUGAGGACAGUAUCCAGGUUGUAAAGAGCAUGCGUGCUGCCUCUCCACCUUCUUACACUCUUGACCUGGGGGAGUCUCAGCUGGCACCACCACCCUCUAAGCUGCGAGGCCGCCGCGGUUCUCGAAGGCAACUCCUCACUAAGCAGGACAGCCUGGACAUCUACAAUGAAAGAGAUCUCUUUAAGACUGAGGAACCAGCCACAGAGGAGGAAGAGGAGUCUACUGGCGAUGGAGAACGAACUUUGGAUGGAGAGUUAGACCUGCUAGAGCAGGACCCUUUGGUGCCACCUCCACCCUCACAGACACUCCUCUCUGCUGAGCGAGUGGCCUUUCCCAAGGGCCUGCCCUGGGCCCCAAAGGUCAGACAGAAGGACAUUGAACACUUCUUAGAGAUGAGCAGGAACAAGUUCAUUGGAUUCACUCUGGGGCAGGACACAGAUACCUUGGUUGGAUUACCCAGGCCGAUCCACGAGAGUGUGAAGACCCUAAAGCAGCACAAGUACGUCUCCAUCGCAGAUGUUCAGAUCAAAAAUGAGGAGGAGCUGGAGAAGUGCCCCAUGUCUUUGGGGGAAGAGAUGGUACCAGAGACACCAUGUGAAAUCCUCUACCAGGGCAUGCUGUAUAGCCUUCCCCAAUACAUGAUUGCUCUGCUUAAGAUUCUGCUGGCUGCAGCCCCCACCUCCAAGGCUAAGACAGACUCUAUCAAUAUCCUGGCAGAUGUCCUGCCUGAGGAGAUGCCUAUCACUGUACUUCAGAGCAUGAAGCUGGGCAUCGAUGUGAACAGGCACAAGGAGAUCAUCGUAAAGAGUAUCUCUGCCCUGCUCCUGCUCCUCCUCAAACACUUCAAACUAAACCAUAUCUACCAGUUUGAAUAUGUAUCACAACAUUUGGUAUUUGCCAACUGCAUUCCAUUGAUCCUGAAGUUCUUCAAUCAAAAUAUCUUGUCCUACAUCACUGCCAAAAACAGCAUCUCAGUCCUGGAUUACCCUUGCUGUACCAUCCAGGAUUUGCCGGAGCUUACUACAGAGAGUCUGGAAGCUGGAGACAACAAUCAGUUCUGUUGGAGGAACCUCUUUUCCUGCAUCAACCUUCUGAGGCUGCUCAAUAAACUGACCAAAUGGAAGCAUUCCAGAACCAUGAUGCUGGUGGUGUUUAAGUCUGCUCCAAUCUUAAAGCGGGCCCUCAAGGUGAAGCAGGCCAUGCUGCAACUUUAUGUCCUGAAACUGCUAAAAAUACAGACCAAGUACCUGGGGCGCCAGUGGAGGAAAAGCAACAUGAAAACCAUGUCAGCCAUUUACCAGAAAGUACGUCACCGCAUGAAUGAUGACUGGGCUUACGGGAAUGACAUUGAUGCCAGGCCAUGGGACUUCCAAGCAGAAGAAUGCACCUUGAGAGCCAACAUUGAGGCUUUUAACAGCCGCCGGUAUGACAGACCCCAGGACUCUGAAUUUUCACCUGUGGAUAACUGUUUGCAGAGUGUGCUGGGGCAGAGGUUGGAUCUGCCUGAGGAUUUUCACUAUUCCUAUGAGCUCUGGCUGGAGAGAGAGGUGUUUUCACAGCCCAUCUGUUGGGAGGAGCUGCUCCAGAAUCACUGACUGAGCUCUUGUCCACAAAGCAUCUGAUAGAUAGUGGUUGGCUCCAAUAAAUGGUGCUCUGCCUACUCUCCCCAUUCAAACUUUGUUUCUAGCUCUAGGACUGUGCUUGUCCAGGGGAGAGCUGGCCUAACCCAAGGACAUCCAGUAUAGUUCAGGGACAUUCUUGGGGCUCUUGGGCCUGGAGAUGGUACAAGGCUAGGAUCCUGAGUCAGAACAAAUUGAUCAACUUGCUGUGGGGUCAGUUGGGUGCCCAGUUGGCCUUGGAAAUCUCCUACUGGAUCAGUCCUGGACAGGCUUUUUUGUGGAACCACUCCCUGCCUAGAACCAGGCUAGCCUUUGCUUGCCCCAAGAAUGAGAAUAAGUUUAUUAUGGGAUUUGACCCAUGGCAUUAAUCAUAGGUGAUGGGAGGUGCAGGUGAUAAAAUAGGGAGAACAUUUUCUCUUGCUCACCCUGGAUUCCUAGGACUUACCAGAGGUUUGGCAAAACCAACUUUGAAAUUGUCUAUAUUUAAAAUUUAAAAUUUUGACACUCACCUUUUCCUAAAUUCAUUAGCUCUAAGAUGAUUUUAGAGCACCUGCACCUUCUUUGUGAAAGAUGAUGAUUUAUUAUUACCUAAAUACUGCAUGUUAUAGAAAGGUAUGUUGUGUAAAGUGUUUUUUCUUUAUUCCCUAAGAGAUCUAUGUUCAAUGUGAAAAUUAUUCCUUGUGUACUCUGUAUAGGGCAUGGAGUGCUCAAUAUGAAACAGUCAGGCCUCCUCUAAGGAUCUUUCAUGUUUUGCUGAAACUAUUUCAGUCUUAAAAUGACUGAGUACACUGCAGAAAAUUAUCCUUUUCAUACAAUUCAUUUUUUAAAUGACAAGUUAACUACAGGAGGUUUUAUUUAUUGAGGUGGUGUGUCCAUUUGUGCUCAUGAUCGAUUUAUUUUUUAAUUGAAUAGAACAGCAAGAGCAUCACAGCUUACCAUUUUUCUUCUUUUAUAUUGAUUGAUUUUUUUUUCCCUUUUUACUGCUGGUGGUUUCAAAGUGUCAUGUGGAGAUUUAACCUAAAAGUACUGCACAUUUCUUUGAAAAUAUAAGAGUUGAUGUACCAACCUUUUUAAGCUUUUCUACAGCAGAAUCACAUACUUCCUGAUAGAAGGUUUUUAGAAAAGUUUCUGAUUCAAUCAGGAUCAUUUUAUUUGUCUUCUGUCCCCACUAUUAUAUCAUCCCUAUUUUCAAGCUUUUUUACUUUAAAUGCCUCCCACAACGUUGACACUACUGAAUCUUUUUUAUGAUAGCACCAGGCCACUUUAGUUGUGCCAGGAGGUCUAGUCCAAAAUGGCUUAUUUAUUCUGUCCUUUGUCAACCACAGUCUCAUUUGGAAGUCAUGAUAGAGUUACUAAUGAUAUCCAAAGGCACUGUAACAAAACUCUAAUUAAAGCUUGGAUUUCACCUCUUUGUGCUUUAGGGUAGCAGGCUUUCUGUUUUUAUAGAAAUGUCAUGAAGGAUUAAGUAUGUAAUGGAUGAAACUUCUCAGAAUAAUUUGUAAAUUUUACCUGAGUAGGACAGCAGUCCUCGUUACAAUCAGAAUAAUUUACUGAGCAUAUCAUCUAUGAACCCUAUUAAUCUAUGAUUUUAAUGUGAUUUGAGUGAAAAGACAAUUUUCAAGGAAAGAGCAAUCAUCAACCCAUUUCUUUUAAAGCCACACAGUAUUUAGUUUGUGUCAAGAAUAAGUUGCCUUUUAAAAAAUAUGCACAUGAAUGGUUUCUGAGGCAUUGAAGUAUGCUAAGCUUUAAUAUUUCAUACUUUUUUACAAAUCUUCUCUAAAGGAAGAUUGAUUCUCAGUACAUCUGGAGAAACUGAGGCAUCAAGAAUAAGUAAGUAGUUUCAAAUCACAUCAUUUUUUCACUGACUUGCUGGGACUAGCAUUCAGGUAUUGCCAGCCAGCCCCGUAUGUUAAGGUAACUGGUUUAAAUCUCUCAAUUUGAGAACCAUGUGUGUGGUUAGGAAUAAAUUCAGAUUAACCAGCCUCCAAUGGUGAUUACUGUUACUACAUAGAAGAACAUUAUUUGAGUGUUUAUAUUAUAGAGGAUUUUUAUUUGUAAAUAUUUCAGUAAAGUUUAUGUUGAUGGUUGAUAACAUUGUUUAUCUACUGAAGCACUUUAAUAAAACAAAAUUGAACUGGA